GAUGAGAACGAGCAACUUGCGGGGUUUCAUGCGCUGUACAAAUCGCGACAGCCGUGGCCGCGGAUAAACAACCGGCUCGCUUCGAUCUUGUCCCGAGUUGCGAGAAUUUCGUGAGUGACUUUCAUGUUUUGCCGGCCCCCGAGGUCGAGUUAGUGUGUGAUUUUGAUUUUUUUGGUGGUGUUUAGUGACUAGGGCUUCGCGUCGAUAUUUGUGAAGCUUUGCGCGAUGUCCUAAUUAUCAAAAUUGACCGUUCUCUAUGGUGCUAACGGUGCUGUAAGAACAAGUCCAAUUACUCAGUAAUUCCUCCUGAUCGCCAUGUUAUCGUACAUGCUUCCGGUGGACGAGAAGCCUCCCACGGGUCCUAAAGGUCACCUGCAGCUCUCUUUGGGCGGCGGUGACCAUGUAGCAAACGGGAGGACUUCUACGCCCAUCUCCAAGGAAACGAGCAUCAGUUCGUUUGCUAGUGAUUUGACCACCGCCACGGCUAGCCACAGUUCGAUGACUCCGACCAGCACAAGUGAGAAAGGGAAGCCUAAGUUGAUGAUUAAUGGAAAACAUCCUACUCUUAAAAGGGUGUCUUUUGGUAGUUCCAAAGGAUCCAUGGUAGAAACACUCAUUUUUGAAACACCAGUACAAGAAGAACCUGAACCUAGUCCGAUACCCGAAAAUUGUAGUCCAUUUCCAGCUGAUCACGAUCAAACUGAGGCCGAACGAGAAAAGGUGAAAGUGAAAUUCUUUCAACAAUCGAAACCCUUAGAAGUCGACCUACCGAAUGAGCCUAUUUUUCCAGAAACAAAUUUCCUAAUGGCGUCUCCCGUAACAAUCAGCGAAACUAAUCACGUCGUCUAUAACAGGACCGAAAGUACUGACAGCGGAUGGGAUAACCCCUUCCGGCCAGGAGGAGACCUAAGCAGGGAAGCAGACGAAAUAGUAGAAUUAAUCAAAGGCGGCAAGCCCAUAACGCCCACGCCGGGUCAGCAGCCACCCCACAUCCCGUCGUCGGAAUCGACAGAACAUACUCCGUUGACCAACAGCAUCCAGGAACCAAUCACCGAGUCUCCCAAAAAGGCAGUGCCACUGCAGUCGGCGGCAACGCCAAAGAGCGCGAACGGUACCACCCCCAAGAACAACAGCAGCCCUCCCGGUACGGUGGAGGUUCAAAGAGUGACUGUUAAACCAGACGGUGACGGUUCACAGGUUGAGCACGUCACCAUCAAAAAGAAACCAAAGUGCGGGUGUUGUGUCAUACAAUAAUUUUUAGUAUUUUAGGAUUAGUUUUUGUUACUGUUGUUUCUCGUUUAUGAGGAUCGUAGUGUGAAAGAGAUCGAUUUUGAGGUUUAUAGGUACCCUGGUAUCUGUGAUAAGAUAACUGAAAUAUUCGAGAUUGCUUGUGAUAUCUGUUUAACCUUGCAGAAAGUGUUUAUGAUUACUCUAAAAAGUCUAUUUGAAGCUGUGAAAACAAUAGUAGCAUUAAUAACAGCAUUUAACUCAGCAGUUACAUACUUUUGCCAUUCACACAUUAAAUUGUUUUGAAUAUUCAUGGAAUAGGAACACCUAUCUUCGUCUAAUUUACUAACCGUUGCACGUCAUCCGCGUCAUAGCCUGUGACGUCACAUGGUACCAACACGAAAUAUUUAGGCGAUAGGGGUGUUCUUUUUUAGAAUUAUUUUGCCUAGUACACUGGAAUUACAGCCACUAGACAUAUUUUAUUAUAUACGCGUAGAAAUAAUAUUUGACGAUUUUUAUUAAUGUUAACCUAAAGAAACACAUAAUAAUAUAUGUUUCAUUUAAUUUGUAUAAAUGGAUUAUAAAGCGUUUUUAUGAAGCAGAUUUGUUCGAACACACUGUAACUGUAAUCGAACGAAGGUGCAUUUUAGAAUAAAUUAGUAACAUUUAUUUGACAGUUGCGGUGAUGACACUUCAUAUUUGUUUAUAUUCUUUACUAGGUAUAAGUAUCUGUUUUAUUAUUUACUGUUUUUAUAAUUUAGUUUACUAUAAAAAGAUCCUCUACUAUAAAAAUAUAAAUUUCACCUAAUUUUAUCACGACUUGGAAUAAUCAAUCGAGGUAUCUGACAACUUUUUUAGUUGUUAUUAUUUACUUAUUUACAUUAAAUACAUUUGUUUUGUUGUAUAAUCCACGUUUACAAUAAUUAUGUGAUAUAUUUUAUUUAAAACGGAUUCAGGAUUUUUUUAUACUUUGGCAACUAUGUCAACUUAGAUCUCUGGCGUAGAUAAUGACGUGCAACGGUAAGUAAAUUAGAUGGACUGUACCUAUAGGUGUUUUACAAAUGCUGAUGUCAGAAAUUAAUGUCAACGACACUGCCUUUAAAUUAGUACUGUCUGAUUAAAAUUAUAACCAAAAACCUGUAGUGUUGAUAUUCACUUUAUAGACUUAGCCAAAACUAAAAAGAUGGAAUGAAGGAUUAGUUCAGGAUGCAAAAACAAUAAUAUCUACUAAUAGUUUUAAAGAUCAUCUCAAGAAUGGUUUAGAAAGUGGGCUAUCAAACUUUUACAUAUCAAAAAAAUUAAUUUUGACAUGUCAGGUAUCCAUGAAGAUUUGAAUAGUGUAUUACAUUAUUAUUAGCCAAUUCAUACAUAUAGAUGUAUAUUCAUGCAUAUAUUCUUCAAAUUACAGAAUUUAAUGAUGAUUCGCACAUAUUUGUAUUUUAGUAGUGAAAUGAGACAUCAUUUGGUUAUAUUUCUAUAGAUAAGUUCGUUAAACUAAUACUGCCCAAAUCAUGCAACAUGAGCCAAAUCAUAUAGUUAAAUAUUUCUUGACGAAAUGUAAAAUUUGUAACCAAAAUCAUACCAAGUGAGAUUAAAUGGAACAUGGAAAAUGGAGGUGCAUUAAUAUUAUCAUAGUCUGUCUACAGAGAGUUAUGAUGUCCUCAAAUUUUCUACACCAUUCUCCUUUGUUUCAAUACCCUAUAUGUACACUUAAGCUUUGGUCUGUCACGCUUUUGGCUUUCUACAGGCUCGGCAAUAUUUAUUCGUCUUAUCAUCUUUGUUUCGUAAUCAUGAAUCGUACUUCCUGACCAUCUUUUCUACAACUACACACACAAUACUCUAGUGAGAACCAGUGACCAAGGUCACUGAUUCGCUGAAUAGGCACACAUUUGGAGAAGAGGCAAUUUUUAGAGGAUUCACAGAAAGGAAAGGUAAAAAAGGGAGAAAGGCGCAUAGCUCCACCUCUACGUGCGCGGCCUCGCCGCAGAAAGGCCUCUCGGAUGCCCCAUUUCUCAGGGCAUCCAAGAUCAAAAAACAAUAAAGUCUUUUCAACGUUAUUUCUGCGAUUGGGGAGGGAUACGGUGGUAACUUGUAGGUCAGGGGGUACCGUCUCCUUGAGGCGUGACCUCUCUGAUCUUCGGAUAUGAGGACACCUUACUCCGGAAAUCACCUGGAACUGGGAUUUACUUUGUUGUGUGUGUUGUACAACUACAAGUUUUUCGUGUUUACAAAAAUGUUACUACUUAAGUAUGUUUUUUAAGUGUAACCUUCGAUUUAAAAGUGAAGGUGAUCAGCAAGCAGCUGAUCCAUAAAUUAAUAAUAAACUGCGUUUUCCGUACGUAUCAGUCGCAUUUUUUGAGAGAAUGCUUAGUUUUUGGAUUAAAAAAAUAUUAAAACUUUCAUUCCUUAUUUCCUAAUUAGUUUCAACGUUUAAAUGAAUGAGGAUCUGGAUGAAUUUUUACCAGAUUUAUCUAAAAUCCUGUCUUUCCAGUCUUUAUCUAAAAUCCAGUCCUGUCUUUUUGUGUACAGCUGAACACUAAUUUACAAUGCACAAAUAAGUCAAAAGACUUAUUGAUCCAUCGGACCUUGACUUUUUCUGCGUUUUUAGCUUAUUUAUAGUGAAGUAUGAAAGUUACGAUCGGGGUUCAGUCAAUUUUUUAAAUUAGUGACCCAAGUGGUUUUUUAGAUUGUCUCUGGAAUCGCUCAAUUGAAGAAUGCGCUUAAAUUGAUCCACUAACUGAGGGUUUUCAAACACGCAUCUUUUCUUGACCUUGAGUGACGAUUAUGUUAAUUUUUCUGUAAGGAUACUAUAAUAUUAUAUACUAGUAAACUCCUUUUCUUUCCUCUUAUUUUACAAGUAUAUCAUCGUUCACAAAGUAUAUCGCCCAUUUCAAACCAUCAAUUUAAAUGGCAUGAAAACGCUACAUUGUUUAAUUUCAGAGCUAUUCAUCGCCACCGUUAUUGUCGUACACUUGGCAUAUGACGUAGAAUAUAUACGUCAUACGUCAUUGGUAAAUACCAAUUAUAUACCAAAGACAUAUGACGUAUAUAUUGUACGUAAUAUGUCAAAUGUACUAGAAAUAUGGCGGCAAUGAAUCGCCUCAUAUAUGAAAGUUUUCAAAUAAAGUGUUGAUGUGUGUCAUUAUAGCAAAUCGUUAUGUAAAUCAAAUUCGUUAUUUAAUAUUCUGCACUAAUGACGUUCCUGCAACAGGCUGUCGAUGUUUUAUGCCACAUAGAUCGUUGUUCAUAGAAUCAUCGAUGUUCGUUAACCAAUUUUAUGCCUUAAUAUUAUUGAGUACAGUCCCUACUUCUUAAUACUUUAGUUGAUGACCAUUUAUAACUGAAAUUUUCCUCAAAAUUAAUACAUAUAAUUCAGAUAAUGAAUACUAAUUAGUGUAUUAGGUACAUACUAAAUACACUUUCCAUAACUACUUUUACUUAAAGUAUACAGAUACAUUUAGAUUAUGUGACGUAACCAGUUAGAGUAUUGGGAAUGGGACCGGUAAUUUACAAUAGGUUUUUAAUAAAUUACUCUUCUAAGAGCUUUCAUUCCUACUACAAGUGCUUGUUGGUGUAGUUAGUAACAAAAAAUUUUAAAAGAACGUUUUAAUCUCAUACUAAGUUUGAUAAAUAUUUUAAAUUUUUUAUUGUGACUUCUAGUAAAUUAUAGUAGUACAAAAAUGUUGUUGAACUAUCACAAGGUAUAUUAAAAUUAAAAGGGAUUUUUAAUCAAAAUGACUAAGUAUAUUUUUCGCAAUAGCUUCUGUUAGGAAAUAUUUAAAGAAAAUAUAACGUACAAAUCUAUAUCAAAGUUACAAAGUAUAUAUUUUUAACUUAAUAAUAAACAGUAAUAAUUAUAAUUAUUGUAUAUUACAGUGCAAUGAAAAAAUAAAUCCGAAAGUAGACAAAACAUGUGCGUAUAACCAAUUAUAUAUUGAGUGUUUGUAAAUAUACAUUUGUUGUCGACCAAAAAAGAUAUUGUAUAUUAAUUAUGUUCACUCUCAUCAUUUUUGUUACUACUCAAGCAGUGCUUAAAAUAUUUAAGCGCCAUCUGCUAAUACUGAUUUGUACUCUAUAGGAAUCUACUAGUUUAUAGUAUUAAGGUAACUAGGUUAGGUGGCGCAUACAAAACAUUGUAAAAAAGCAAGCAAUUAUUGAAUUAUUUAUAUUUUAGCGUAUUUUAUCACAGAUACCUAGCUAAGUGAUAUUGAAAACGUGAUCAUUUCGAUCUUUUCCCACACUAUAUUAACAAUAUGCUUAUAAUACAUUAAAAGGAUAUUUGAGAGACAAAGCAAACUAAAAACAAGCAUAGUGUUGCUUUCUCUAACAAAGUGCAGGACAUUUUAAACAGGUUUUUAAAUAUGGAAUUAGACUGAAAAAAUUUUGAAAUUGAAUAUUUAAAAAGAAAUUGUAAGAUAAAAUUGUAAAGACUUGAAUGUGUUGAAAAAACUAUUUACAUUUUUGUAGAAAAUAUUUUUCUUUAUAAUAUACAGAAGCUAAACAGUUCUUAUGCAUUUUGUAUACUUUUAAGGAAUCACACAGUUGUAAACAUACGGCUAGUGCGGCCCUUGCUCGACAGUAUCCCUUGUAAUUGGACAAAUCCAUAUAAAUCAGGGACGGUUCUAGGGUUUUGAGCGGCAAAUUAUAAAAAAAAAAUAGUAAAAAGAAGGCCAAAAAGUUAUGCAAGAUAUGGAACCACAUAAAGUCUUCACGUUAUGUUAUCCUAUAAAUACAUUGUUUUAUUAAAAUUACAAUUAUCCGAAUCUCGUGGAUACGUGAAAUUAAGAUCAAUUUCAACGUAGAAUGAAGUAAACACUUCUGUUGUAUGUAGGUAUAUCAAAUUAUUAAAAAAAUCCUUAAAUUUUAUCCACGAGGUAGUGGAAAAUUACAAAACAGAAAACGUUUUCGGUAUAAACUGAACAUCAUCAGUGUGAACGUCCAUUGUACAAGUAUUUUGAACUAGCCACUUCAUUUGGUGUAAAAACCUCUAAAUUAAAUUAUUGGUAUAUUUAACAUUAUAAAGUAAGCGACAUUAAGUCGAUGUGUUAAGAUCAUUGAAAACCAUGUGGAUGUAAUUCAUCCUUGAUCUAAAGAUGCACGUAGUGCUCAGGUGAGAGGUAACGACCAACUGACUGAUUACUUUAUAAUGUUAAAUAUACCAGCAAUGUAAUUUAGAGGUUUUUCCACCUAAUGAAGUGGCUAGUUCCAAAUACUUGUACACCGGACGUUCACACUGACGAUGGUCAGUUUAGACCGAAAACGUUUUGUGUUUUGUAAUUUUCCAUUACCUUGUGGAUAUAUUUUAAAGAAUUUUUAAUAAAUUCAUAUAUACCUACAUACAACUGAAGCGCUUACUUCAUUCUAUGUUGUCUUAUCGACGAUAUACAGCCAACUACAGGGUUUACCCUUUUUAAAGUUUUAAAAUCAAUUUUUUUUGUUAUCAAAAAAUCAAAUGCAGUGAUAUGGACAUUGAUAUGCCGGACUUGAAGAGGGCCAGGUUGAUGAAGAUGGUUUAGAAACCUGUAGGAAUGGUUUAUCAUAGCGUCUGCAGCCCUUUUCUGAGUUGUUGACUACAAAAUUAGUAUAACCAAGUGCUGUUAAUGCAAAGUUUAUAGCAAGACAAGAUUAUUUAACCAUUAAAGCGUAUGACAGACACUAGUCUGGAGCGCUCCUGUAUCUUGUAUCACUGACUAAUCACAUUUUUUCAGCUAUUAUGAAUUCUAGCUAUACAAAUGGUUUUUUUUGCUCACCUGGUUUCACCAGUAUGGCUAUAUGUCCAUUUAUAUUGACAAAGGGACUGAAUUUCCAUAUCUUUCGAAGAUGUAUAAUGUACAAUGAAUAAUAGCUGAUGCUUAAGUUCUAUAUAUUCCUAUGAUAUACAAACGCUAGAAUUUCCACAAAAGUUCUUAUUGACCGAAUGAACCAAACCACAUUUAUUGUCAAAAAGUAUACUACCAAUAAUGAUUUUCACAAAAUACGUAUGAACUGUGUCGCGUAAACGCCAAAAUGUAAAUAAUUUUUGUUAUGGAGAUAAUUUUGGAAUCAUGAAUAUCGAUCACAAUGCAAGAAGGUGUGCUUCAACAUCUUUUUGCAUUCUGACCAACACUAUGUACCUUAAGAAUAUACAAUAGUUACAUACGUUAGGGAAAAUAUAUUUAAAGAAUCUACUGGCAACAUUCUUAGGCUUGGAUCCCGCGUACCAAAAAAAAGUUUAUUAAUAGCAAGCUGAAAACUUGUUAAUAGUUUAUCGGUGUCUAGUCGGACAAACUUUGAUGUAGGUAUGGGAACACUGGAACAGGGGAAGUUUUAAUUGUGAAAGGUGAUUUUAAUUGUAAAACGUGUCAGCCUGACAAGUUUAUGAUUUUGAAAACUAGCAGGUUUUUUUUAAGUUUAUCCAAUAGCAAACUUUAUAAUUGUAAUAUAUGGAAAAAUGUUUGUGCGACAAAUAUGUUGGGCAUUCCCACAUAACAAUUUCAUGUUCUUAGUAGAUUCAUGGAACAUACUUUUCAGAAAAAGUAUAUACUAAGAAUAUGCGUAAUUACCAUUGCGAAUGUGCAGAGCACAUACUGAGUAUAUACUACAUUGCAGUACUUAAACGUUCUAUGUAUAUACUUAGAAUGUACUACCGCACUUCUUUUCAGUAUAUACUAAGAAUAUACUUUUUAGAACAUUCCAAGGACGUGCUAUAAACCUUCUAUUUAUAUACUUAGAACGUACUACCGCACAUCUUUUUAGUUUAUACUAAGAACGUACUUUUUAGAAUAUUCCAAGGAAGUGCUAUAAACCUUCUAUUUAUAUACUUAGAACGUACUACUGCACAUCUUUGUAUUAGAAGAAUAUAUUUUUAAGGGUAUUCUAAGAAAGUGCUAUCAAGUGCUAUAUUGCUCAGAAGUAUGUUUUCAGCAUCACCUAAUCUCAUCUUAGGUUCUACUGGUUCUACCAAAUACCUAUUAUAUUUACAUAUUUUAAUGGCAAAUGAGAAUGCAGUUAGUACCUACAUUCUGCAAUAUUACUUAAAAAGUAAGUAGGUACAUAUUUAUAAAUUUUAGUUAUCUAUAAACUAUUAUAUUAUAAUAUUUAGCUAAACGAAACUAUGUAUGAGUAACUAAAAUUUAUAUACUUAUAUGUACUUACUUAUAUGUAUUUAUUAAAUAAUAUUAAGUUACCAAAAUAGAUUAUUACUAGUACUUUAUUAUCAUUCGCCUUCAUCCUUAACACUGCCACACUGCAUAGAUACAUAUUUUCGUUUUCAUAUUUUACCGUUGUUUCCUACCCUGAUCCAUUCAUAUAAGAAAUGGUCAGAAUAAGACAAGACGGGGUUAGGGGGAUAUGUAUUGUGGAAGUGGAAUAACAACAUCGGUGCACCGAUGAGUGUUGCCAAACGGAGGGAAAUUUCACUUUUUGCGGGAAUUUUUAACAUAAAAGGUGAUAAAGGGAAAAGUUAACUCAAAAGGGAAUUUUUGUUCCAGUCCAAAUUAUUAAAUAUUAAAAAAAAUCAAAAUAUUUGAAAAUAAUUAAACAUAUCUUCUCAGAUUUUGUAAACAGGAGGGAAUUUUUUUAUAAAAGUGGGAAUUUUUAAGGUUGACGGAAAAAGCUUACUCGAUGGUUGGCAACACCAAAGCCUUUAGUUGUGGGUUUUGGCAUGCUUUGGUUCUGGAAUGGCCCGUAGUAUCACAGCCUCCCGUAUUGAAUUGAAUGUACCUAAAUUCAAAUUCCAACGAUGUAAAAAUACUCGUGAUAAACUCGAAAUGGUAAAGUUAUUUCAAUUAUGAAAACGAAUUUUUAAUAAUAAACGUUAAUAAAAUUAAUCGAUACAUUUUUGGCAAAGUAACGUAAGUGACUUUUUGGCGAAAAUCAUGUUUUUCCAUUAAAAUAACGCUAUUAUUGUUUGGAAGGUACUGCCAGAGUGUAGUAAGCCUAGAAUUACUUUAAACAUAAUAUAAUAUGUAUGGGCUUACUACACUUUGGCAGUACCUUCUAAACAAUCAUAGCGUUAGUUUAGUGGAAAAACAUGAUCUUCAAAAAUGUCACUUACGUUACUUUGCCAAAAAUGUAUCGUAAUGUUUAAACUUUUUUACCAUACAACAAUUUUGAAAUGAAAUUCUUCCAAUACUACCUACAUACAUAAAUUUUAUUAAUUAUUCUAAAAUAUAACGAAGUUGAUAAUCUAUAAGGCUAAUAUUAUACUUCCUAUACAUACAUAUUAUUUUUAAGAUAUUUUAAAAGUAUCUACUUAUAAGUAUGUGUUAUGAAUGUACUUAUAAGUACGUGCUAAGAAUAUUCGAUAAAGGUAUAUUCUAAGAAUAAACUUUUACGAAUAUUCCGAGUUACUACGUACACGCAUGUACUCGGUAUAUUCGGUACGAGAAUAUACUUUAAAGUAUAUGCAAAGAACAUGAAAUUUAGAAUAUUUUUUAAGGUACAUGCUAUGCUUGUACUAAAAAGAAUAUACUCCGACGAAUGUUGGUAGUAUAUGCUUAGAACAUGAUACGAACAUCAUUGUUAUGUGGGUUUUAAUAAGUCCUACACGUAAAACAUGUCAAAUGACAGGAAUUAUAUUGGUGGUAAAUAGCAUUCUAAUUUUUGCAUGAGAUUUUAAUGAAAGGGUAACAAAUCAAUUGGAAGUUUUCUCCGACAAAAUACAUGGGACGUUCCACAAUUAAAACUUCCCCCUGUUCAGUGUUCCCAUACAUCAAAGUUUGUCUGACUAGACACCGUUAAGCUAUUAAUAAAUUUUCAGCUUGCUAUUAAUAAACUUUUUUUGGUACACGGGAUCCAGGCCUAUCUGCUUCUUACCUAAUAUAUAGGAAGCUUUUCGGCAUCUAACCCAUUUUGGAAAUGUUCAGAAAAUCUUUAUAUUUUUGUUUGUUUUUAUGAACUAAAUGAAAAUUUAUUGGUCGGUUGUUUUUGUUGAGUGGUUAUUGUAAAAAUAUUUUAAGAAUAUUUUUAUUAAUUACCUAUAUUUUAUUUUUUUAACUUUAGUAUUUUAAGGUUAAUUAUUAAUUUUUCAGUGUUUUUCUAGACAUGUGUAUUAUAUUUGCAACGAUCUUGUACAAAAUUUACAUAGUAAGGAGUCAGAUAUAUAUACUUAUUUUAUAUUUUACAUUAGCAAUAUUAAUUUUUAUUUCAUUAUUAGUCUAUAUAUCAGAAAAUAUACUUAUUAGAGCAUGGAAAAUUUAAUAGGCUAAUCUAAAUCGGGAGUUCAGCUGUUAUUUAGGUCACUAGACAAUUUUUUGGGCCUACUUUUGUUACUACUGUAACGAUUAGAGCAGAUUUUUAAAUUAGUUCCUGCAUCAAGUUUAACAAGCAAUUUUUAAAUCUUUAACUGUGAUGUGACAGAUAUAUAUGAUACCAAACUAUUUUAUAUCUUUAAAUAUUAUCUAUAAUUUACAGCCAACGUGUGUAUUUUCUUGAGCUUAUAACUCAAAAUAAAAAUCUGGUCUGGGUUAAUAGUUUAAGCCUGCUUUUUUUGGCAGAAGAUUCUCUAAAGAUUCACUUUAUUAUCAGCAAAAAAUUAACUGUUAUUUGGAUAAGUAGUUAUAUCUUUGUUUUAUAUAUUUCAGUUCAAUUGUUCAUAAAGAAAGAUGACGAAUUCUUGGACUUGGUUUAAAUAUUAUGAUUAUUAAUGUUUGUAAGAAGACCACAUUGCAAGAAGAAGAAGAAAAUACGUUACGAAAUCGAAUUUGUCUGAAACUUUCAUCAAAAAGCUUUUCUUAAAUAAAACGAUAGCUAGAAUAAUAUAAUGUUUAAAAUUUUUUAGACGAUAUCAAUAUUUCUUAAUAUAGUAACUAAAAAAUUACUAUACUACGUUCACUCGCAACAUAAGCUCAGACGCCAGUUUCAGACACGUGAUCUGUGGGUGUGUGGUGUCGUCGCAGCUUGUCAUUGGUUAGAAAUGAAUUUAUAACCAAUGACAAGCUGCGACGUCAUGACACACCCACCGGUCAGGCGCCUGAGCUUAGCUUGGGAACAAACGUGGUAUAGAUUUAAAAAACAUAGUAACUGUAGGUCUUUCUUUUAAAACUAAUGUGUUGUUAAAAUCAGUUUUGUAUAUACUUAUUAACUUAUGGCAAAUCUACAUAUAUGUUUUUGAAAAACACUGUUAAUAUUUUCUUUGCAAUUCCAAAAUAUAAACUAACAUUUGUUUUAGUAGUAAAUACAUUAAUGUACGGACGUUGUUUCAAAGAAUAUGAAAGUAUGUAGGUUCUCAAACAUAUACAAUUGUGUCUUUUUUUCAUUUUAAUUUUAUUUUGUAAGAAGAUAUAUUUAAAUAAAUUAUUCACACAGA